CUUUAAUUGAGUCAGAGAUAGCUGGUCCGGGGAGGAGGUGAUGUCAGUAGGACUGGUAUGCAGAGGUCUGACAUCAGCCAGAAAGUCUCUGAAAACUAAAGCUGUGUUGACUCGGGCCAAAUAAGGAGGAAAGAAGCCCAGUGAAUAUCAACACAUUGCUCCCAUCACACCAUGGCUGGCUUCAGGCAAGAGGAUGUCGAGUUGUAUUAUGAGAUGGGAGAGGAGCUGGGCAGUGGACAGUUUGCCAUUGUUCGUAAGUGUAAGGAGAAGAGCACAGGCGUUGAGUACGCAGCCAAGUUCAUAAAGAAGCGGCGGCUGUCGUCCAGUCGACGAGGGGUGAGCCGCGAGGAAAUCGAGCGCGAGGUCAACAUCCUGCGGGAGAUUCAGCACAGCAACAUCAUCACACUGCACGACAUCUUUGAAAACAAGACGGAUGUGAUCCUGAUCCUGGAGCUGGUGUCUGGAGGGGAGCUGUUCGACUUCCUUGCUGAGAAGGAGUCGCUGACGGAGGAGGAGGCCACCCAGUUUCUCAAACAGAUCCUGGACGGAGUCCAGUAUCUCCACUCCAAACGCAUCGCUCACUUUGACCUCAAGCCUGAGAAUAUCAUGCUGCUGGACAAGAACGUCCCCAACCCCAGGAUCAAACUGAUUGACUUUGGGAUCGCUCAUCAGAUUAAAGCAGGAAACGAAUUCAAGAACAUCUUCGGAACGCCAGAGUUUGUUGCGCCAGAAAUAGUCAACUACGAGCCACUUGGACUGGAGGCAGACAUGUGGAGCAUCGGAGUAAUCACAUACAUUCUGUUGAGCGGCGCUUCCCCGUUUCUGGGCGAGACCAAGCAGGAGACCCUGACCAACAUCUCAGCUGUCAACUACGACUUUGACGAGGAGUAUUUCAGCAACACCAGCGAGCUGGCCAAAGACUUCAUACGCCGUCUGUUGGUCAAGGAUCCAAAGAAGAGAAUGACGAUUGACGACAGCCUUGAACACCCCUGGAUUAAGGUGAUUAAGAGGCGGAAUGUGCGUCAGGAGGAGCGAGACCACAAGACCGAGCGCCGGCGCCUGAAGACCACUCGUCUGAAGGAGUACACCAUCAAGUCCCACUCCAGCAUGCCGCCCAACAACACCUACGUCAACUUCGAGCGCUUCUCCCAGGUGCUCGAGGAGAUUGCAGCUGCCGAGGAGGGCCUGAAGGACCUGGAGCGCAACCAACGCUCGUGCCAAGAGGACGUGGCAGCGCUGCUGUCCAUCUACGAGGAGAAGGAGGGUUGGUACAAGGAGGAGAACCAGAGCAUCUCCAGCGACCUGAGCCACAUCCGCCAAGAGCUGCAGCGCUCCCAGACCCAGCGCAAGAAGUGCCAGGAGGAGGCGCGGGUCACCAUGCAGGCCGCCAACAUCCUCAAGCGCAAGUUCGGACGCCUGGAGAACCGCUACGAGGUCCUGGCUGAGCAGGUGGCCUCCGAGGUCCGCUGGGUGGAGGAGUUGGUCAAGUCCAUAUCCGCAGAGAGGGACGGGCUCAGCUCAGGGGGCAUGCCCUGAACCUGGGCUGACGUCCAACAAAGACAUUUUCAUCCUCAAGCGUCCUCCUACCCGCGUCCUCUGCACGUGUGCUGCACUGCAGAAUCUGAGCGGGUCAGUUGUCAUCAUAAGCUACGCUGCUGCUGCCCGUCAAAGAUGUUCCACCCUGUUUAUGUCAUGCUUGAGAGAACCAGCAAGAAGCAGAAAGGCGAUAUACUGAACCCAUUCCCCCACAAAGAGGCUCAUUCCUGUGUUUUAUAAAUUAAUUUAUGAUUUUAGAGAUUUUAUGUACUGUAAUUCAGCUCUCAUUGCAAAACUACGUCAGCUUUUUCUUGCUGUUUCUGGUAUUGCAGAUGUAGAAUUUGGUUGUUUAUUUUCCUCACCUUGGUUAUCUUUUUAAAAAUUUAAUUACGUCUGAAUUUUCUUGUGCUUUAAAAGUCAUAGACAUCUGAUUAAUUUGUUCCAGCCUCAGGUUAUCGGCCAGUUAACGUGAGAAAGCUUCACAAUACACAGUUUAUAGUGUCAGGUUUGCACAGAAAUCAGGGGUAUUUAUUUAUCUGGUUACAUGCAUUUCAGAUCCGAUUGAAGCUGACAUUAAAUUCCUCUCAUAUGUUGGGAUAGGGUGGUGACUGUAAAGGAUGCAAUAAACCUAAAUCCUCAGCAUAGAGGAUUAAGGGCAGUGCUUUAUUUUACAGGUCCAUUAUGUCUGAAUUUCUCUAAAGAUUCUUGAAAAGAACAAUGUAAUUUGGUAAUAAUUACAGGGAGGACAUUGCCCCUUUUAAACCCCAGUAAAUAUUUAUGAAUCAUUAAUUUAUUAUUGGCAACUUAACUCAAAGUUGCCCUAGCUUAGCACUGGAAAUUAACUGGAAGUGUAUAAAACUGAUCACUCUUUGUUUUACCUGUAAUAAGUACCAGAUAACGCAGUUCUUUCCAGGAGAUUAUUUUGAAACUAAUCAGAACUUUCAGACCUGUGAAAUAAAGCAUAGCCAGAUUUGAGAAUGUAUAAACUCAUCUUUGCGGUGCCUGUAAACUGAUCGACCUCAUUGCCUUUGCGAGCACUCAUCUGUUACCGAGUUAAACAACAGUUUCUAUCACAUUGAUAUCGUUCAAUGUCUUAAAUACAACAACUUUUGCACAGUAGCCUUGUAAACCAAAUGAGUGUGCAUGGAAACCUUCUCUGUAUACUGUAUCUGUCUGUUAGUUUUUCUUUUUCCUGUUUUCAUUCAGACCAUCCCUGCACACUGGAAACAUUCCAUCGAUAAGUUUCACAUCCAGGCAACACAUUCCCCAUGUAUAACAUAGAAAGUAUAUGAUGUAGUCUGUAGUAUUUUUCAGUAGAGAAAUAUACUCAUUUGCACUUAAAGAUUAUAGCAGUGUUCCAAAAUAUAUUUUAAUCUGUCUCGUAUGUGUAAGAAAGAGCUGUAAAAAUGAACUGUGGGUUCAUUUUUUUGUUUCAAAUAAACAAAGUUAUCACUGUAA